AUGACAGGCCAGAAAAUACCUGUGUUUCCCACAAGAAUGAAUCUAAAGACAAUGGAAACAAAGCAAAAGAGUGCAGAAAAGGGGUAUUCUCUGCUGAAGAGAAAAAGCGACGCACUGAAGGUGAAGUACAGGGUAAUAGAAGAAGAAUACAAAAGAAAAGAGUUGGGCAUAAAUCAAAAGAUAAAAGACGCAUUCUUUAAACUCACAGAAGCCGAGUUUCUUGGGGCCAACCUAAAGAUGUUCUUGUACGAAUGCCAAAAACAAAAUGUAUAUGUAAAGCCCCGAAUAGAACAGGUUUCUGGAGUGAGUCUUCCGUUCUUCACCCUUCAAAAGGAAAACACACAGCCUAUUCUCUUCCUUGACAGAAGCGGUCAAUCCCUUAAUGAGUGUAGAGAAAAGUUCUUGGAAGUUUUGGAAAUGCUUGUAGAUUUAUGUGCAUUGAAAAACUCAUUCCGAGUCCUCAAUUCUAUACUAAUGAGUACUAAUAGAAGAGUUAACGCACUGGAAUUCAACAUAAUCCCAAAAUUAGAGAACACUAUUUCUUACAUUUCUUCCGAGCUCGACGAGCAAGAUAGAGGAGAUUUCUUCAGGCUUAAGAAAAUCCAAAAUUUGAAGACUAAGGAUAAGAGCAAUUAA